AGCAACCACACACAUCCGACAAAAUGGCACCUGCAGCAACUGGAGGCAAGAAGCAAAAGAAGAAGUGGUCCAAGGGCAAGGUCAAGGACAAGGCCCAGCACGCCGUCGUUCUCGACAAGCAGACCAACGACAAGCUCCAGAAGGAUGUCCAGUCUUACCGCCUCAUUACCGUUGCCACCCUCGUCGAUCGUCUGAAGAUCAACGGCUCGCUCGCACGGAAAGCGCUUGCCGACCUCGAGGCCAACGGUCAGAUCAAGAAGGUUGUCGGUCACUCCAAGCUCAGCAUCUACACACGAGCAAUCGGCGACGCCGAGUAAACUCACGUUUCCGGACCAGUCAACGAAUCCAAACGCGAGACUCGGGACACUUUCCUCGGAUUUUCAACGGCAUUCCUCUUUCCAUUUCCAAUCGGCGUCUUCACGAAUGAAUGGGUCCCUAUAUUGGGAUGUUAUGCUUGGUAGCGGGACAUGAAAUGAGAGGAACGGGCUCAGGUACAGCAUCUGCAGUCCAUGGGAGGUGUCGGCUACGUACUGAAUGAAAAAGAUAUCCGAAACACCCAAAUGAAAUUGCCUGGUUGUUUGUGACACGAUUACUUGGUGAUGUGAGGUAUGCACGUAUGAAGUCAG